AUGGCAAUGGAGAAGGAUCCUUUUAUGAAAGUCCAUGCCCAGAGUGGGUUUUUCAUGAUGCAACGAGAAGAGGCCACCGGUUUGGACGUAGAGAUAGAACAAACUACGGAAUUUUGGCAGGUGGACGCCGACAACCCCAUCUUACUGAUGCUCCACAGCUCGACGCAACUUGAAAUUCCAACUCGGCAACUGCAGGUGCAGACUCAGGCUCAGGCUGAGCCAGUUGCCUUGAAUUCCAAAGAUAUCAAAAGAAGCUACUUAGACAGAAUUGGUGUGCGUGUUCACAAGGACCCUGGGCCUGGGACUCCAUCUGCAGUCGAGCCUGCAGCUGUGGCAUCAACGUCAGGACAACAGCCAAAGCAACAGCCAAAAGCACAUCAACUUCCAAAGCCAGCUGUAGUUCAAGCAGCACCAAAAAGUCUAAGAUUGCAAGAAGAAAGGCCUGAGCAAGCUUCAGGCAGUAAGAGACGCCGCCGCUCUGAAUCACCAGAAGGGGACUACCUGGAAUAUGUCUUGAAGAAUAGAGAGGAGAACGCAAACCGCCUCAGGCAAAUUAUUCCGGAAGAUGCACCUAAGCUUCGCCCUGCAACAAAAAGAAAGCAGAACAAGCAAGGAAAGGAAAAUAUAGAACGUCGUGUAAUGCCAAGGCGAGCUGCAAAGGACAAAGCUCAGUCCGCUCUAGAUGAAGACAUUACUGAAGAUAACACGAAUGAGGAAGAGGUUGAAAUGAAUCCACAACCUCAAGUACAAGGCCCAUUAUCAAAAAAUGUGGUGAAAUUGGUUCAGGUGAAAGUAGUAGGAAAUUUCCACAAAAAGAAGGAUCAUAGACCCAUUGGGAAGAUUAUAACAAAAUCCACUCCUCUGCCCCCAUUUACAAAGGAACUGAGACAAUCUUUAGAGAAUGGUAUUUAUAAUACCCAGUAUAUGAAUUACUUCUUAAAGAAGCAUGUGGAAAAUGUUACUGGAGGUUACUACCUUAAAAAAUCAGAAUACAAAAUACUGGGACAACAAGUAGCAAGCCGAUUAAAAUCAAUGAGAGUAGAAAACCCUGAGGGAUACAUUGGUAAAAUAAAAAAGGAACUCAGUAACAGCUUGAGAAGCAGUAGAUACUACCCCAAAAAGAAGGCAGCGAGAAUAGCAAAGAAAAAGGCUCUACGUGCAGCUCAGCGAAAAGCAGGGGAAACUGUUGAAUCAAGUGAUGAAGAAGGUGAGGGCCUACUACUGGAAGAGCAAGGUGAACCAGAUGAAGCAGAAAUCAUCCUGCAGAAACCUGUGGUAAACAGACAAAGCAUUAAGAGGUGUAUUAGUGAAUCAACUUAUAGGAUUCGUUUCAUCAAGUCUAAUCCAGUUGACGUAGUCCUUGCGAAGUAUCCUUAUUUAAAAGAAGCUGACUUGCUUAUUUAUGAGUACAGCACAAGGGUACCUUUACCACUGACUGAUUUAGAAGCUAAUUUCAAUGAAAGUCUCCUUCCGCUAUCCCACAUUUUGGACAUUCCAAACCCAGGAUAUGAUAACGAGCUAGCCAAAUUACAACUUUAUCAGAAAAUAGAAGAAUUUUACAGUGGAGGAGAAAGCCAUUUGCCUUCCAUUCAAUUUUGUGAAGCAGCAAACAGGAAUGCCGUUCCACUAAAUGAAGUACCUCGAGGCCAAGCCCCUGCUUUGGUAGUAGUCCAAGAUGGCAGCAAGGACCUCAAAAGUGUAUCUUUGAUUUUUGAUGGCGGGAUUUUAACAACUUUGGCAUCCAACCCGUCAGCCUUUGAAUCAAUUGCUUUGUUGCUAGCAGGAUAUUGGGUAUUUGAUUUGCAAUUUCCUGCACCUUACAAGCAGCAUCUGGAAUCUUUCGAAGCUGUACUUCAUGACAGAGUAGCAGAUGUCUCCAGAAGUGUCUCUAGGUACUCAAAAAUGGAUGAGUUUUUUAGAAAAUUGAAACUUGCUUCAAACAAUUCAAAUUAAUUAUCCCUCCCCCCUAGCUUGUACAAAUGUACAUAAGUCAAGAUACAUUAUUGAGUUAUUUUUAAUAACAAGAAACUAUGUUGUGUUUUUGCCAUAAUUUUUCUUUCCAUUAAUCAACUGUUGUUCACACUAUUUUAUACUAAAUAUUUAGGAACUUAAUUGUCUUCUUACCAGAAAGUUUUCUCUCCAAAUCAAUUGUUAAGAGUUGAAUACAUAAUUGACUUGAUUGCACAUAGUGUUUCAUUGUGAACCUCCGUGUA